UACAAACCGCCAGCUCGGUCCUAGUGUCGCACAGACGGAUCCGCAGACCCACAGACCCACGGACCCACGGACCCAGGCUCCUCCGGGCUCCGCGGUGAACAUGUGGCGCUGCCUGUGGGCGCUGCUCCCGCUGCUCGGCCCGUGGAUCCGCCCGGUCCACGGAGUCUUCCAGAAACUCUACUGCUCCCUGUCCGACAGCUGCGAGUGCGACUUCAAGCCCGACAUGCGCGGUCUGGAGUGGGACUUGUACAGAAACGUGUUUGGACAGCCGUUGGUGCAGGACGCCGUGUCACAGGAAGUGUCUGCGUUCCUUCAGAAUAAGAGCCCGGAGCGUCCCCUGGUGUUGUCUCUGCACGGAGCCUCGGGGACGGGGAAGACUCUGGUCAGCUCCAUGUUAGUGUCUCACCUGUACGGCUCAGGUGAGGGCAGUCCUCAUGUCCACAGGUUCAUCCCCACGCUGCACUUCCCCCGAAAGGAGCUCGUCCCCCACUACAGGGUGGCGCUGAAGGACUGGGUGCAGGGGAACCUGACGGCGUGCGCUCGAUCUGUGUUCCUCUUUGAUGAGAUGGAGAACAUGCCUCCUGGACUCAUCGAUGUUCUAGAACCUUUCCUCGGACCUUUCCACGUGGUCUACAGCACCAACUACCGCAAAGCCAUCUACGUCUUCAUCAGUACUGUGGGGGAGCGGGUCAUCUCCAUGGCGACACUGGAAGCUCGUAACUCAGGACAAGACCGAGAUGAGAUCAGACUGGACGAGCUGCAGGACGCCAUCGCCCAGGAGGCCUUCAACUCCACCAACAGUGGUUUGUGGCGCUCGAGGAUCCUCUCCCAGAGUCUGGUGUCGGUGUUUGUGCCGUUCCUGCCGUUGGCGCGCGUGCACGUGGAGCGGUGCGUGCGCGCUCAGCUGUGCCAGCGGGGCCAGUGCGGGCGCGACGACGUGGUGCGAGCCGUGGGCGGGGCCAUGACCUACGCCCCCAAACACGGACACUACUUCUCCUCCACGGGCUGCAAGGGCCUGCCCGCCAAAAUAAACCUCUACCUAUGACCCUCCACAAUAAGACUCCAACUACGCCACCCUUCACAAUAAGACUCCAACUACGGCGCCCUUCACAAUAAGACU